GGUAUACUAGUCUUUUGUGUUUUAUUAGGUAACUAUAAAUAUAAGUUGAGUGUGAGAGGCAGGGUAAGUGAGCCUCCUUUUUUUGUCUCUCAUAGUGUGUUCAUUCUCCCCAUUCCUUUAAAUUCAAUAGUUAGUAACACCAACAUUUGCACACUUGUGAUGAUAAAAAUAUUGGUCUUCAACCUGUCCACGAAUGCGAUUUACCAGAAUUUAGACGAUCAGUUAUGACACAGCGCUGAAACCUAUCGUUGGCUAUUAAUUUUCGUAUCUGAUUCUCUGAUGUACUUUAUGUGACCUUUGUGCUUCUAUUGCUUGCAAUAAUUUAUUGCUCUAAGUAUAAUCCUGUUCUUUGUUCUUUCUAGUUAUUGUAUCCUGCAAUUAGCCCCCUUUGCCUGCAGGUGCUGCUGCAUUUGAGAUAGAGUAUGGACACUGGGUGGAGGAGCAAAGUAGACAAAUUGAUGAUUUGAGGAAUGCUUUAAAUUCACAUGUAGGUGAUAUAGAGCUCCAGAUACUUGUCGAUAGUGGCAUGGGCCACUAUUUUGAUCUCUUCCGCAUGAAAUCAACUGCUGCAAAGGCUGAUGUUUUCUAUCUUAUGUCUGGUAUGUGGAAAACAUCAGCUGAACGUUUUUUCUUGUGGAUUGGAGGGUUUCGUCCUUCAGAGCUUCUAAAGGUUCUUGUGCCACAGCUUGACCCUUUAACAGACAGCCAACAUUUUGAGGUUUAUAACCUUAGACAAUCAUGUCAGCAAGCUGAAGAUGCUCUGUCACAAGGAAUGGAUAGACUCCAAUCAAUUGUGGCCGAAGCAGUAGCAGCUGGUAAUCUGGGUGAAGGAAUUUACUUCUCUCAGAUUUCCACGGCAAUGGAGAAGUUGGAAGCAUUCGUUAGCUUUGUGAAUCAGGCAGAUCAUCUUCGCCAGGAAACCUUGCAACAAAUGUCUCGCAUCCUAACUAUCCGCCAAGCAGCUCGAGGUCUUCUUGCCUUAGGGGAGUACUUCCAACGCCUUCGAGCUUUGAGUUCCCUCUGGGCUACUCGUCCUCGUGAGCCUGCCUAGUGAUGCCAUGGACAAGCCUACGUGUGCAAUUCUAAGGGAUAGUCACCAAGUGGAUAUCACUUCAACAACAGUGUGUACCUCGUAUUUACAUCCAGUAUAAACAUACAUAUGAACAAAAUCUCAGUUUCUGGCAUUUUCGAACCGCCUCCCCUCCCACAAUUGGGAAGUUGUAAAUAUGAAUAGCUAUUUAAUGUAGAGGAAGGUUGUGAUUGCACUUCAUUUUUUAUGCUUGUAAAUUAUUUUGUCUUCAGAGGACAAUUUUGUUGUAUCAUUUGGAGUCUUUAGACGAAACUUGGUGUAAAUCGACAGGUACAAUGGUCUCUUCUCAUUGUAUUUUAUCAUGUGAAUGUGAUAUGUAAAGGUUAACUGCACCAGGUGAAAGAAAUCAUGUAGAGAAUGCAG